AGUCAGCCAGAGGCAUCCGGGCCAGAGAGUUCUGGAAGGAGCCAGGCCCCCAUGGGAGGGGAUAAAAGCUGCCGGCCCCCGGCCCCGAGCAGAUCGGCCCCUGGCCCCCACCAGAGAGGACUCAGCCCCGAGCCAGAGGCAGCCCCAGCAGCAGUGAUGCUAUGCCGCCUGCAGCUCCUGCCGCCCGCCCCCGGCCCCGUGGCUGCCCGGCUGGGCCCCGUGCGCACUCUGUGGCCGGCCCCGGGGGCCCUCUUUGCUGAGCUGGAGCGGGAGCUGCUGCGGGAGCUGGAGACGGCCAGGGCGUUUGCAAGCAGCGUGGGGCAGCUCCUGGCUGGCGGAGGGAGCAGCAGCCCCGGCGGGGAGCCAGGCCAGAGCUCCAGCACGGCCCUGGCCCAGGGGACGGCCCAGCCCUUCGCCGUGCGGCAGGACGUCCGGGGCUUCGCGCCCCAGGAGCUGGCGGUGAAGCUGGUGGGCAGGAAGGUGCUGCUGACGGGCAGGAAGGAGACGCAGAGCGAGGACGGCAAAGGCUCCUUCUCCUACAAGUACGAGGUGUUCAAGAGGGAGUGGGACGUGCCCGAGGCCGUGGACACCGACCGCCUGACCUGCUCCAUCUCCAGGGAGGGGCAGCUGUGCAUCGAAGCCCCGUGCCUGGCCCCUGCAGCCGUCCCCACGAGGAACGUGCCCAUCCAGCUCAGCCCUGCGGGGGGCUCAGCGGCACCGGCUGAGCCGGGCUCGGAGGACGGGGCCGACGGCAGAGCCCAGGGGUAACAGCCGAGGAGCAGCUCCAGAGGCCGGGGCUGAGACUUGGCAGGGCCGCGCCCUGGCUGACCUGGCUGGCUGCAAGCCAGAUUCACGGCGUGUGACGUAUUUUUACGUGAAAUAAAUGUUCCUGAUUUCCCCCUGUGCUGGUGGUCCCUCUGCCAGGACUGGCUGGCCCCAGCACUCGCUGCGGGCUCCUCCUCGGGCCGUGGCACAGGCUGGCACCGUGGCCCUGCUGCUGCACCCGUGGCCCGCCUGAGCCGGGGCUGGUGGGUUCCCCCCCGACACGCCCAGCGGGCCUCCCUCGGGGGGGACGUCGGGGGCCCCUGGGCUCCACCGGAGGUGAGGCACAGCCACGAGCAGGGCCCGGCACUGCUGGGUGAUCCCAGGCCUCUGCGUCGGCCGGGAGGGGAUGGGCCCAGGGCCGGGCGCCCGCUCCCUGGGGCAGCACGGUUGUCGGGCGAGUUGGUUCGUUGGCCCGGUGCUAUUGACACGGGUCACAGAGCGGACACGUGCCGAGGCGUGUGGGCACACAGACACACACGCACGCUCCAUACGGACCACAUGUGGGCCCUACACAAAUAAGGGACUUCACCCUUUCCAGCCCCCGCACCUUGCCUGUGCCCUGGGAGCUAUCGCCGGGCCCCUCCCGCCAGCCUCGGAUGCAAACAACAGGGGCCAACUUCAGGGAGGCCCUAGAAGUUCCCAGAGACUUUGGGGCAGGGAGCGAUGCCAGGCCCUGCUUGUGGCUGCCAGAAGCUGCCGGCUCGGCUGUGCGGCCCGGUAGGUCGCUCACAAGGCCAGGCUCGUCUCGCCCCCAGCACCGUCUACGGGCAGAGGAGGCCGGCGCGGCCCCUACGUGGGCAGAGGAGGAAGGGCCUGGAAGGGCGGGGUGGCUAUAUAAGGCAGCCCUGUGGCUGCUGCCAGGGCCAGGGUCCCGAGCCCGCGAGGCAGAGCGAGUCAAAGGCAGCAGGAGUUUGAGCAGCAGAAACAUGACAAGCUGCUCCCGGUACCUGGUGCGGCUGCUCCCGCUCAGACGGUGGCCGUGGCGGGGCUUCAGCCCCAUGUGGGUCUGCAGCAGCGAGCCAGGGAGCAUCCUCCUGGGACCGGCAGAAUUCUGGUACCUGUAACUGUGGCGAAGCGGGACUGUUCUUAAUGUUUCCUCUGAAUAGUGUGGGGGUGCCUCAGUUUCCCCUAGGCAGUUCUUAAGUCUCUAGGGGGUGGGGUAAGGGUGUAUGAUCGUUGCAGAGCCCUAGAGGGCAGGUGUGUGAAGGGGUCUGGACACAGAGAAUGGCCGACACCCUGUUUCCUGGCAACUGAUGGCCUGGACCCUUCCCCCCUGCAAGGUGAGAGCUAAAGGGUUGGAGAACAAAGGAAUCAGGUGCCCUCCUGGCCUGGGAAAGGGACAAAGCCCAGAGGAGGAGGGGCUGGAGGGAGUUUCAGUUUGGGGCUGGCCAGGACACGGAGUGAAGGGCAGACGUGGUUGUCUGGCUCACUGCCCCCCAAAAUGGACCUAGCUGAGGGGUCCUGUUCUCUGCACCUACAAGCUCUGGUUUAGACCAUGUUCCUGUCGUCUAAUAAACCUUCUGUUUUACUGGCUGACUGAGAGUCCCGUCUGACUGCAGAGUUGGGGGGCAGGACCCUCUGGCUUCCCCAGGACCCCGCCUGGGCGGACUCGCUGGGGGAAGCGCACGGAGGGGCAGAGGAGGCUGAAUGCUCCGAGGUCAGACCCAGGAAGGUGGAGCCGGGUGAGCUGUGUGUCCUGCAGACAGGCUGCUCACAGGAAGGCGACUGCCCCAGAGUCCUGCCUGGCGUCGUGGGGAGCAGUCCCAGAGCAUCGCCCGGGGACCCCGUGACAACUAACGAAUGUGCGAGUGUCACCACCUCCCUGUUCCCCCCGGCUGGGUUGCCAGGUGACGAUUCUCUCCGGGUGUCUCUAGUUUGUGUUACUGCUGGAAUAAACCUGUUUCCCCCCCAUUCCCGUUGUCAGUGGAUUUUGCAGAAAUGGGUUUUCACUGUGAUUUCCAAACAGACUCCAGAGGGGGAGACGUGAUAUUGCUCGGUGCUAGGGACAACUGCAGGGAUUGCGAGGUCCUGGGCGACAGUUCCAGACGUUUGGUCUGGGCGGGGAGCGGGAAUGAAAUGUAAUUCAGAGCCCUGUACCGUUUCAGGCUGGAAAAUAUUUGAGCAUGCGGUAAAAGUGUAACGAAUCGAGUUUGGGAAGGGGGGACUAAAAAGAGGCGUUAGG